UGCGCUCACUGACUCCACACCGCCAACAGGGAUGCAGCGAGGGCGCAGCGCAGGCUGAAAAUGGCACCACCACGCGUCCUGUGGAUCUAUCCAUCCCUUUCCCUCCUGUCCUCCGUGCUUCUUUUUCACGCGUUGUCGCCGUGUCGAGCCUUACGGAAUUACCCGGAGAAUGAAGUUACAUUGUUGGACUCCAUGUCAGCCUUAGCCGACCUGGGCUGGGAGGCUUACCCUAAUGAGGGAUGGGAGGAGAUUAGUGUGAUGGAUGAGAGGAACACCCCGAUGAGGACCUAUCAGGUGUGUAACGUCAUGGAGGCCAACCAGAACAACUGGCUGAGGACGCGCCACAUCAGCCGAGAAGGAGCGCAGCGUGUCUACAUUGAGAUCAAGUUCACCCUGAGGGACUGUAAUAGCCUGCCCGGGGUUCCUGGUACCUGCAAAGAGACGUUCAACAUGUACUACUAUGAGUCCAAUAAUGCCAACCUGUGGUUCAUUAAGGAAAGCCAGUAUGUCAAGAUUGAUACUAUCGCUGCAGAUGAGAGCUUUACACAGGUGGAUGUUGGCGACCGCGUCAUGAAGCUGAACACAGAGGUACGCGACAUCAGCAACCUGAGUAAAAAGGGUUUCUACCUGGCCUUCCAGGACCUUGGCGCCUGCAUCGCUCUGGUCUCAGUCAGGGUCUUCUACAAGAAGUGUCCCCUCACUGUGCUUAACUUGGCCCAGUUCCCCGAUACCAUAACAGGCGGAGACACGGCACUGGUGGAGGUCCAUGGCAUGUGUGUGAAUGCCUCAGAGGAAUUUGAGGCUCCCAAAAUGUACUGCAGUGCAGACGGAGGCUGGCUGGUUCCCAUUGGGAGAUGUGUGUGCAAACCGGGCUUCGAGGAAAACAAGGACAUCUGCCAGCCCUGCAGACCCGGUACAUACAAAGCUUCUGCCUCUGAUGCCUACUGCACCAAAUGUCCUCCUCACAGCUCGUCCCCACAGGAACAAGCCAUCGAGUGUAUUUGCGAAAAAGGCUUCUACCGAGCAGAGAGUGACCCACGCUCAAUGGCCUGCACACGUCCCCCAUCUGCUCCAGAGAACCCCAUCACCACUGUGAACGAGACCUGUGUCACCUUGGAGUGGUCGCCACCCAGAGACACGGGAGGCCGAGGAGAUGUCACCUACAGCCUCCACUGCACAAAGUGUUCUGGUGAUGGAAAGAAGUGCGCACCAUGUGGCAGCAGUGUCCAUUUUAUUCCCAGACAGUUUGGUCUCUCAUCAGCCAGCGUGUUGGUCACUGACCUGCAGCCAGACUCCAACUACACCUUCACUAUUGAGAGCCAAAAUGGAGUGUCAGAAUUAAGUCCUACUCUCAGAGGUGCAGUAGUAAUCAAUGUCACCACAUCACAGACAGUGAGUGUAGUGUUGAAAGAGAGGCGGAGCAAAGACAGUGUGACUUUGGCCUGGCAGGGUCCCGAGAGACCCAAUGGAGCAAUAGUGGAGUAUGAGGUCAUUUACUAUGAGAAGAACCAGCGGGAGCAAAAUUAUACUGUUUUGAAGACUCGCUCCAAUAUGAUGACAGUGGACGGCCUGAAGCCAGGGACCACUUAUGUGUUCAGGGUCAGGGCUCGAACUGACAGUGGCUACGGGAGCUACGGCGGUGAGAUUGAACUAGAAACCAGCCACGAAGAUGUUUUGGCAAUAGGGGACCCCAACCAGUCCACCAUCCUGGUUGUGUCCAUCGCUGGGGGAAUUGUUCUCCUCAUCUUCCUGGUGACUUGCUUUGUUGUCAGUGGCAGACACUGUGGAUAUAUCAAAGCCAAACAAGACCCAGAUGAAGAGAAGAUGCAGUUUCAGCAUAGAAGAGUCAAGCUUCCAGGGAGCAGGACCUACAUCCAUCCUCACACCUACGAAGACCCCAACCAGGCUGUCAGAGACUUUGCCAAAGAGAUUGAUGCUUCCAAUAUCCGCAUAGAGAGAGUCAUUGGAGCCGGAGAAUUCGGGGAGGUGUGCAGUGGUCGGCUGCGUGUGCAAGGAAAGAGGGAGAUCUACGUGGCCAUCAAGAGUCUGAAGGCGGGCUACUCUGACAAACAGAGGAGGGACUUCCUGUCUGAGGCCUCCAUCAUGGGACAGUUUGACCACCCGAACAUCAUCAGGCUGGAGGGUGUCGUCACCAAAUGUAAGCCAGUGAUGAUCAUAACAGAGUUCAUGGAAAAUGGAUCUCUGGACACUUUCCUCAAGAAACAUGAUGGCCAGUUCACAGUGAUCCAGCUGGUCGGCAUGCUGCGCGGCAUCGCCUCAGGUAUGAAGUACCUGUCAGACAUGAGCUACGUUCACAGAGACCUGGCAGCUCGAAACAUCCUGGUCAACAGCAAUCUGGUGUGCAAGGUGUCAGACUUUGGCCUGAGCCGAGUUCUGGAGGACGACCCGGAGGCUGCCUACACUACAAGGGGAGGAAAGAUCCCCAUCAGAUGGACAGCUCCAGAGGCCAUUGCGUACAGGAAGUUCACCUCAGCCAGUGAUGUGUGGAGUUACGGCAUUGUCAUGUGGGAGGUGAUUUCAUAUGGAGAGAGACCCUACUGGGAGAUGUCCAAUCAGGAUGUAAUCAAAGCAAUAGAUGAAGGCUACCGUCUUCCCGCUCCAAUGGACUGUCCUAUGGUGUUGCACCAGCUGAUGUUGGACUGCUGGGAGAAGGGACGCAGUGACAGGCCAAAGUUUGGACAGAUUGUCACAAUACUGGAUAAGCUCAUCAGAAACCCAGCAAGCCUCAGAGAUUUGGCCAACAGCUCAGUAUGCACUGAGGACCCAUCCACCCCCGAGUUCAGUGUCAGCACAGUGGAUGAGUGGUUGGAGGCCAUCAAGAUGGGCCAGUAUAAAGAGAACUUUUCCAGUGCUGGAUAUGUCAGCUUGGACUCAGUCCUCUACAUCAGUGUCAGUGAAUUGGCUAAGAUGGGUGUGAGUUUGGCCGGCCACCAGAAGAAGAUUUUGGCCAGCGUGCAGAGCCUGCAAACCCAGGGGACCAAGUAUAACAGUUUCCACAUCAACACAUACUGAGCCAGGGCCAAAAUGGAUGCUCCUGUAAAGAGUUGCCCCUCUAAAAUGGAGUUGUAAUGGAUACUCUGUGCUCAGGCCUCCAUUGAUUUUGAAACACACUAAAUGGGAGACAACAUGUACACUUGACUCCUUCACUUUCUUGCAGUUUCACCAUUUUUCCCACCCUUGAUGGACACUACCGGUUUUAGCACUCAGAGUCCCAGCAACAGAACCACUAUUAUGGAGCCACAGAGAGACACAUCCAACAACAAGGCAACAUCCCAGAUCACAUCAUAUCAGCUCAACAAAAGAAGAAAAAAAAUUUAAGAAAAGAGAUGACAAAAAAUACACACAAACAAAUUAGAAUAUAUAUCAUCACUGUCUGUGAGGUGUACAAUUGGUUUUUACUGUCAUUUUGUUUAUUUUGAGUUUUCACCUUGAAGUUUAAAAAGGGUCAGAAGAUAUGUAUAUGUGUAGAUAUGUUUAUAUGGGAUGUGUGUCCCACAAUCGUAGAGAUGGACCUAACGUUUGUAUUGGUGGUGAGGUUUAUAUCGCUCAACCUUAAUAGGAAUUAUUACCUAGUACCUGUAUGGCCCCUUCCCCUGCUCUCUGUAGGAACAGGAAGCCAAUGAAUGAGCCUGAAUGACAUGAAUGUGUGGGGUGCGGGGAAAAGAAAAACUGGACCUUUAGAGAUAGAGAGCGAUGUAGGUUUUGCUAGCUUAUUUAAGAUGGAAGUAUAAUUUGUUUACAUAACGUAUUUGACCAGGACAAGGGCUUCCCUAGGGACUGCUUUCAGACACACUUCCACAGCAACUAGGCCCAGUGUAUGUUUGCUAGUCUGCUUGCACUUAUGGCGUAACGGAGUGCAAAAACAACUUCCGAAGGUGCACAGAAAUUUUUACUCUUCCAUAACUGUUUAUUCCAAACAACUAUCUAUUGAGCUGUUACAGUGUGAUGUUGUUGGGAAUAUUUCAGCCUAAGAGUUUGCCUUCCCGUGUUUCAGGUGUAUUAGGAAACUUAUACUGUAGUGUUUGGUGUAGAGCAAAGGUGAUGCAAAGGUCAUGACAGCACUGACACUGUUAAGAGUGUGUAACUUGUUUUUUCAUUGUACCAUGUACAGUAACCUUAAAAUCUUCAUCUGUGCAACAUACCUCCAAUCCCACUAUAACAUUUCCUUUCACCAACUCCCCUGGCUGCAUUGUUACACAAGGCUACUCACACCAGUAAUUACAGUGUUUUGUCUAACAGAGUGUCAUAGUAGUGAGUCCUAAAACCUGGAACUUAGCGUUUUUGACAUUCUGGUUCCCGGGCCCUGAGGUCAAUGGGGUGUUUUUUGAAUGGGUUUCUGGUUAGAAACUUGACAUAAGGUCUGUGGUUAACACAAGGUCAGUACAUUUUAAUGGUUUGUUCUACAAAAUACACCAGUAAAUACCCCACUAAUGAUUUUUUAUGCUUUUACAUGUCUUAAAAAAGGCAGUUGCUAACAAGCGGGUAAAUGAGACUACAGAUACUCUUUGGGAUAUUAAAAGUCAUCACACAGAACACGAAGACUCACUAGCCCACCUUUAUAGCCUCAUUGUGUUUAUACUUGCUCACUUGCAAAUUAUUCUAACUGACACAGCCAUGAUCAGUAGCCAGAUCAAAUCAUGCUAGGAGGAAAGGAUUUUGCAGAAGCGGUAAGUGCUCUAAAUCAAAUUAUGAGCUUGAAGCUGUAAUGGUAAUGCUGAAGUCAUGGGACUGUGGUGUAGUUUGUUUAAAGCCUAGCAAUAGCUUUUUACUUCUGGGGAUCUUAUUUU